GAGGUAGCGGAGGAGAUGAAGAAGGUAGCAGAGGUGGUGGAAGAGGGGAAGGUGGAGGAGAAGAUGGUGGACAAGGUGGAGAAGGAGGUGGCAGAGGAGGAGGUAGCGAAGGAGAUGAAGAAGGUAGCAGAGGCGGUGGAAGAGGGGAAGGUGGAGGAGGAGGAGAUGGUGGACAAGGUGGAGAAGGAGGUGGUGGAGGAGGAGGACGUAGCGAAGGAGAUGAAGAAGGUAGCAGAGGUGGUGGAAGAGGAGAAGGUGGAGGAGGAGAAGAUGAUGGAGGAAGAGAAGAUGGUGGACAAGGUGAAGAAGGAGGUGGCGGCAGAGGAGGAGGUAGCGAAGGAGAUGAAGAAGGUAGCAGAGGCGGUGGAAGAGGAGAAGGUGGAGGAGGAGAAGAUGGUGGAGAAGGGAGUGACAGAGGAGGAGGUAGCGAAUGAGAUGAAGAAGGUAGCAGAGGUGGUGGCGGAGGAAAAAGUGGCAGGGCAGCAGGAGGUGAUGGCAGUGGAGGAGGAAGAAGCCAAUAAGGAGGUGGAGGAGAUGGAGGAGAAGGAGGUGGCAGAGGAGGACACGGUAAAGAAGGUGGUGGUUACAGAGGAAGAUAAAGUAGAGAAGGAGGAGGAGAUGAUGGCAGUGGAGAAAGUGGCAGAGGCGGUGGAGGAGGAGGAGGUAGCGGAGGUGGUGGAAAAGGAUAAGGUAGAAGGUGAGAUGCUGGAGAAAGAGGUGGUGGAGAAGGAGGUGGGUGCCGAGGGAGAGAAGGUGGAGAAGAAGAAGAAGGUGGUGGCAGAGGAAAAAUUGGCAGAGGAGAGGAUCGUGCUCCAGGUUUUUCCGGGGGUUCUCCCCAUCGACAUUGAGAACCAACGCGCGUUUUAG